AUGGGCCACAUUCUUUCGUGUUUCCUCGAUGCCAACCGCGGCGAUGGCGCCAAUACCAAAUUCUGCAGACGGCACUCGAUUUCCGACUCGGCUGCGUCUUUUGGGUGCCAGGACGGACCUAAACAGGUCGGCAAGGGUCAGUGCGGAACCGUCUGGGCUCUGAUGGAUCUCGUUCUCAAGGCAAGCAACGAGGUGAGGCGAGAUCAGCUCUGGAAGGACAGUUGUAGCCACAGGAGGGCAGAAGUUGCAGUUCAACAGGCGCCCUGGGAAUUCCGGCCAGAUAUCAACAUACCGCGUUGGAUUAGCUUGGUGCAACCCUCUGAUGGGACGUUCUGGAGCGAGUUCGGCGGAUGGUUUCCUCAAGACUUCCAGCCAACAUGUGGCGUGUUAUCGACAAGAGUACACGGACUACCCGCACACGUUCGAGAGGCCAUCGUUGACCUUUUCGCUCCUGAAUCCAUCAAAGCCAUCAAGACGGAUUUCCUGGCGAAGCCGGAGAACCAGGACUGCUUGGUCCGCCUGUACUUGGGUCGAAGGGCUGAGCGAUCAGCGUUUUCAGCCGCGUUUCGACUUCGCGACUUUGAGCUCACGGUCAAUGAAAUGGAGUUUCUGCAACUUGAUACAAGUACCUGGGCUAGAGCCAUGGCUCAAACGCUUGCAGUCCUGCAUUGGAGAGCGCAGAUUGAUGCCAAUGGCGUUGAGUUCGUUUUGGGAAAGACAGCACACGUCGAAGCUGAGCAGACAGCUAUGCGUUUGGAGAGCAGAAACUGCAACCUUGCCAACGUCUCCAACAUCAUCCGGUUCGAGUGUUAUCGACGAUCCAUAGGCAUCUGGCUGCUGGAUUUCAACCAGUGUCGCACAUUCUCAGAGUCCCCAGCGGGCGUGAGGCAGCUGCAAAGAGCCUUCUAUCUCAGCGAUCCAUAUUACCCUUCACCAGUUUCAACGCACCCCAGCGACAUGACCUUGUGGGAUACCUUCAAGGCUGCUUAUCUUGAAGCCAGCGCAUCCCUCACGGAAAGUGAAAUGCCGGAACUGUUUAUAGAGGCGGUUGAGGAAGAAGGCCAAAGACGUGGUGCUGAAGGAUCUCUCCAGCAGUCAUGGUGA